CCGCCAUGUCCCGCGAGCCGGAGAUCAUGGAGGCGCGGGUGAUGUGGGACCCCGACUCCAAGCGCAACACGCACAUGGACCGCUUCCGCGCCGCCCUGGCCUGCGCCUACGGCCUCCGCCUGGCCAACUACAACGAGUUGUACCAGUGGUCCCUGGAGUUCUACCCGGAUUUCUGGGCCGAAGUCUGGAAGUACAGCGGCAUUGUGUGUUCUCGCCUGUAUGACGAGGUGGUGGACCUCUCUAAGGGAAUUGCGGACGUCCCAGAGUGGUUUAAGGGUAGUCGGCUGAACUAUGCGGAAAACCUCCUGAAGCACAAGGAAAAUGACAAAAUCGCUCUCUAUGCAGCAAAGGAAGGGAAAGAAGAAAUCUUGAAAGUUACUUUUGAAGAACUAAGACAAGAUGUCGCUUUGUAUGCUGCAGCCAUGAGGAAGAUGGGAGUGAAGACUGGAGACAGAGUUGUUGGUUAUUUGCCAAACAACAUCCAUGCGGUGGAAGCAAUGUUGGCUGCUGCAAGUAUCGGUGCCAUUUGGAGUUCGACUUCACCCGACUUUGGAAUUAAUGGCGUGCUGGACAGGUUCUCUCAAAUUCAGCCCAAGCUGAUCUUCUCGGUUGAAGCUGUCAUUUACAAUGGCAAAGAGCAUAACCACAUGGAGAAACUACAGAGCGUGGUAAAAGGACUUCCCGAUUUAAAAAAAGUGGUGGUGAUUCCGUACGUCUCCGCAAGGGAAAUGAUUGAUAUUUCUAAAAUUCCUAACAGUGUAUUCCUAGAAGAUUUCCUUGGUGGCGGGAAAGGAGACCAGGCUCCCCAGCUGGAGUUCGAACAGCUGCCUUUUAGUCAUCCCCUCUUCAUCAUGUAUUCAUCUGGUACAACAGGAGCACCUAAAUGCAUGGUUCAUUCCGCAGGGGGCACACUAAUUCAGCACCUGAAGGAGCAUAUUCUUCAUGGCAACAUGACCAGCAACGAUGUCAUUAUGUACUAUACAACGACUGGCUGGAUGAUGUGGAAUUGGGUGGUAUCUGCACUUGCUACAGGAGCAUCAGUGGUCUUAUAUGAUGGAUCUCCUCUCGUCCCAUCACCAAAUGUGCUUUGGGACUUGGUUGACCGACUUGGGAUCACCAUCCUUGGAACAGGCGCCAAGUGGCUGGCUGUGCUAGAAGAGAAAAAUUUAAAACCAUGUGAAACCCAUAAUCUUCAAACACUCCACACUAUACUAUCUACAGGGUCGCCACUGAAAUCUCAAAGCUACGAGUAUGUCUACAAGCACAUAAAGAGCAGUGUGCUCCUGGGAUCCAUUUCAGGUGGAACAGAUAUAGUUUCCUGUUUCAUGGGCCAGAAUGUUUCGAUUCCAGUUUACAAAGGAGAGAUUCAGGCUAGAAAUCUUGGCAUGGCAGUGGAAGCCUGGAAUGAUGAAGGGAAACCAGUUUGGGGAGAAAGUGGCGAGCUGGUUUGCACCAAGCCUAUUCCUUGUCAACCCACCCACUUCUGGAAUGAUGAGAAUGGAAACAAAUACAGGAAAGCUUAUUUUUCAAAAUUCCCAGGUGUCUGGGCCCAUGGUGACUACUGCAAAAUAAAUCCCAAGACAGGUGGAAUCGUCAUGCUGGGCCGCAGCGAUGGUACAUUAAAUCCGAAUGGAGUGAGAUUUGGAAGUUCUGAAAUCUAUAACAUAGUGGAAGCUUUUGAAGAGGUUUCAGACAGCCUCUGCGUCCCUCAGUACAACAAAGAUGGCGAGGAAAGGGUGAUCCUCUUCCUGAAGAUGGCUUCGAGCCACGUGUUCAGUCAGGAGCUGGUGAAAAGGAUUAGGGAUGCGAUACGCAUCGCGCUUUCUGCCAGACAUGUUCCCAGCCUCAUCCUAGAAACCAAAGGCAUUCCGUACACAAUAAAUGGGAAGAAAGUGGAAGUGGCCGUGAAGCAAAUCAUUGCAGGGAAGGAAGUGGAGCAGCGGGGAGCUUUCUCCAACCCGGAGAUCUUGGACCUGUAUCGAAAUAUUCCCGAGCUUCAGAAAUUUUGAAGUCAAAUGGAUCUUUGCAUCUCUCUGUGUCCCACGUGUAUUGUAUAUAUGAAAACUGUAUGUAAAGAAGAAGCUAUUUAAAUACCAGUGGUUCUUUUAAAAGAAAAAUAAUAUUUCGUUAAGUGCAUUAUGAAAGGCUUGGGUAAGGCAUAGCUGUCUCUCACUGGUUAAAUAUGCCAUAUGUACAGGUGUCUCUUCCAACCAGGAAGAAGAACCUGCCUGUCUUUUGAUUUUUAUACCUGUGACAAAUGCAUCUUUUCCAGUUAGAUUUGCAUCAGCAAGCCAACGAAUUAGACCGUCAACAGCAAAAAUAGUUAUGAUUGCUAAUGGAAUACUUCUGUUUCAUAAAACUUUCCACUUUUUAACUGGACUUCUAACUAUAUUUAGGGUUUUUUUUUCUUAAUAUCUUUAUUAGAGCUGCCAGCAAGGGGUUUGUGGCUGUUUUAAAUACUUGAUGUUUUUGUGCUGCUGAAGCUGAGGGUAAAGGCAUGUUAGCUUUUUCUUGAAACACCACCAUGAAACACAAAAGCAUUCUGCGCAUACUGUGCAUAUUGUCCAGAUCUUAAUGCACUAUGCCUAUCUUAUUUGUACAGUACAGUCUUGAAGCAUCUCAUCACCCCCUUGGAGGUAAUUUGCUGCUUAACUUUGUGAUGUUACCUUCAUAUUGUUUUUAAACUUUUAGUGUUAUCCGUCUGUGUAUUUUGUGGGGGCCAAAUGCUGUUUCAUUUACAUUGGUGUAAAUUCAGAACGUCUCUGUUGAUAUCAUUUGAAUUGCUCUGAAUUUAUGUCAUCGUAAUUGAGGACAGGAUUUUGCCCUAAUUUGGUUUUAAAGUCCAUUAUUAGAGUCUAGAAAGCAAAAAAAAUCCAGUAUUAUAGUAGCAGAAGAAUUCCAGUGUAUUAAUUUAAUAAAAACCUGAUCUUUUUGUAACUUUUUUUACUAAACGUGUUCUUGACAGUGAGAAACUAAAACAUUUUCUAGUUCUUGAUCCUUCCAGUUUAUAAAGAGGGGGAAAAAGCUGUUACAAGUAUUUUGGAACUGUAAGAUGAAAACACUAUAAAAUGGAAACACUAAAACACCUUGUGUUUUUUCACAACGAAAAUGCAAUUGCAGUAGUUGUACCGAACCUCUGGCCUUCAGCACCUCCUGCAUUAUUUGAAUAUUGUGGGUAAAGUAUUUAAUGCAUUAGAAUCAUGGGUGUCCUUAUAAUUGUAUCUGUGCAAUGGAGGCUGUUAAGAUUUAAUUAAAAGGAAAUAAACUCAGAUU